AUGGCGAGUCCGCCAAACACAGAAGAGCAGCCCAUAUCUCCCAGUGCUCCCAGCGCCAAGGUGAAGAAGAGCGGCUAUCUGAAGAAGCAGAAGCACGGACACAGACGCUUCUUCGUGCUGAAGGAGCAGUGCGACGGCUGCCCUGCGCGGCUGGAGUACUACGAGAGCGAGAAGAAAUGGAAAAACAAGUCGAGCGCAAAGAGAGUGAUCCCGCUGGACUGCUGCCUGAAUAUCAACAAGAGAGCGGACGCUAAGCACAAGUUCCUCAUCGCGCUGUACACGAAGGAUGAAUACUUCGCAGUGGCCGCGGACAACGAGCAGGAGCAGGAGAGCUGGUACGAGGUCCUGACGGAUCUAAUGUCAGAGGGAAAAGUGUGCGACGGCUCCGCGUCCAACUCUGCGUCCUCUCUGGUGGGCUUUGAUGAGGCGAGCUACGGCGUCAUAACGCCGGUGUCUGCAGCCUAUAAGGAGGUAUGGCAAGUCAACUUAAAAUCUAAAGGCUUGGGCCAGAGCAGAAAUCUGACAGGGGUUUACAGACUGUGUUUGUCCAGUCGGACUAUUAGCUUUGUCAAGCUCAACUCGGAGGUCGCCUCUGUCAUUCUCCAGCUAAUGAAUAUUCGGAGGUGCGGCCAUUCUGACAGCUUUUUCUUCAUUGAGGUGGGUCGCUCUGCGGCCACGGGUCCUGGGGAGCUGUGGAUGCAGGCAGAUGACUCUGUGGUAGCGCAGAACAUCCAUGAAACUAUUCUAGAAGCAAUGAAAGCCAUGAAGGAGCUGUCAGAAUUCCGUCCGCGCAGCAAAAGCCAGUCAUCCGGGACCAAGCCCAUCUCUGUGCCCACAAGGCGGCACCUGAACAAUCUCCCUCCCAGCCAGACAGGGCUUCCCCGGCGGUCACGCACUGACAGCAUGGCCGCUACUUCACCGGUGAGCAAAUUCUCCUCAUGCAGAAUACGCACAGCCAGUGAGGGCGACGGCAGCAUGACACGCCCCUUAUCCGUGACGGGGAGCCCCCUUAGCCCCGGGGUGCACCGGACGCUAUUGAGCAGGUCUCACACGAUCACAACACGGCCCACACGGACAUUUGAGUCGUCUUCCCUCCAGCACAGUAAAUCUAUGUCAAUGCCAUUGUCCCACUCCCCACCCUUGGGUGCCCCCAGCCUCGUGAGCCUGUCAUCCUGUCCUGACAGCAGCGCGCCUCGCCCCUCCAGCUGCACCGCCUCUUUCUCAGGCUCCCCCAGUGACGCUGGCUUCAUCUCCUGUGAGGAAUAUGGCUGUAGUCCUGCAGACAUGAGGGACAUCCGGUUACCCCUCUCCGUCCGCAGCAACACCCCUGAGUCUAUCAGAGCGGACACGCCCCCAUCCCGGGAUGGCAGUGAGCUGGAUGGAUACAUGGUCAUGGAGCGACAGGGCCAGAAUGGCUACAGACGGGGCCCAGAACUUGACAAAAGUUACCGCAAACGCACUUAUUCUCUCACAACCCCUCGUCAGAUGAGGGGUCCCCCACAAGUGUCCUCCGCCUCACUGGACGAGUACACUCUAAUGAGGGCCACAAACACCAGCGGGAGCCAGGGUCCUCGCAGGUGUCACACCGCCUCUCCCAAAGGGACGUAUCCAGAGGACUACAGGCCAGUGCAAGUGAGCUCUGACAGCAUCUCAAAUGAAACCGGCUACAUGCCCAUGAUGCCAGGUGUGGCACCACAGACACUCAGGUCCAGGGAGGACUCGUACAUGCCCAUGAGCCCCAUGUGUAUUUCAGCCCCAAAACAGAUCAUAAACCCACGCUCCCACUCUUCCACUGUGCUGGCCGCACGCACAGACUCUCCUGGGAGUGUCUCACUGGAGGACAGUGGCUACAUGCCCAUGUGGUGUGGAACUCGUAUGUCUGUGGACUACACAGAAGGGAAGCUUUCAAAUGGAGAUUAUCUUAACAUGUCCCCGGUGGAUCCUUCCUUUACCCCCCCAGAUUACAUAGUCAGCCCCACAGAGCCCUACCCUCGACAGGCCUUCUCACACAGCUCUCUGCCCCACGCACUCAAGAGUCUACUGCAGAGAAAAGGCUCCACAGACACAGACCAAUAUGUGCUCAUGUCCAUACAGAAGCAGAGGAUAGAGGAGGAGGCCAACCCCUGUGCUGCUUCUGUGGAAGAGCCAUUGAACAGUCCCCCUCCAAGCACAGCGUCCUGUACCCCUUUCCGAGUAGCUCUGGUGGAGGGGGGGCUGAGCCAUAGGAACAGGGCGUGUCGGCCCACACGUCUGGCGCUGGAGUCUCUCAGAACUUUACCCUGUAUGAGCGAGCACCCCCUGCCCUCAGAGCCCCGCAGCCCUGGGGAGUACAUCAACAUCGACUUCAGCACGUCCACAUCUGAGUCUGUGGCUUCCCCAUCCUCUGGCGGUGACAACAUCUCCCCAAAACCCCAGCCACUCUCCCUCCCUCCUCAGCAGGAGCUCAAACAAGAGAAGGACCUGAAUGUGGAGCUCGAAGCACAGGUGGGGUGUCAAGCCGCUCCAGUCAGGGAUGAUUACACAGAGAUGACUUUCCCCCCGGCCCCCAACCCUGCCCUCCCCACCAGCCCCACCACAUGUGUCCAGAGACUCAGCCUGGACUGUACUCUGGUGGAGGAGGUAUCCCAAGCUCCAGCCGCCUCUUUCCUCUCAGGCGCUCCAUCAUUAUCUGUCAACCUUUUAGACCCACACAGAGGGGCCAAAGUGGUCAGGGCAGACCCUCAAGGCCGUAGGAGACACAGCUCUGAGACCUUCGCCUCCACCACCACUGUAGCCCCUGUGUGCCCUUCCUUUGCACAUGACACAAAGAGGCACAGCUCUGCUUCUGUUGAGAAUGUAUCACACAGCGUUAAUGCGUCAGAUGGACCGGACAUGGAAUACGGCAGCCCCAUGUGUAGGGAGACCUCUGCCGGCUUUCAAAACGGACUAAACUAUAUUGCCUUAAACUUAAUGGAGGGAAAUCUUGGGGCAUGUGAUGGACUUCUACGGUUCAAGGCUCCAUGUGGCUGCAAAGGAGGGAUGAAUGGUUUCAACACGAGUCCGUAUGCCAGCAUGGGAUUCAAGGAAACCGCCACUGCUGUGAAAGAAUGA